AUGGAGUCAAAGGGCUCAGAUGGCCAAGUGCGAACAUUUGGACAUCCAUUUUUACAGGCAGCGGCAAUGUUCAUUGGGGAAAUGUUAUGCCUAUUAACAUUUAAACUGAUCUAUUGGUGGAAUAGAAAUGGGGAUAAUGCCCUCAUACAGGGUAGUCAAGAUUUCAACCCCUUUAUACUGAUGCCAGCUGCCAUGUUUGAUUUGAUCGGAACCUCAAUUAUGUACAUAGGAUUGACACUUACAUACGUGACAAGCUUCCAAAUGUUUCGAGGAUCUAUCAUAGUAUUCGUGGCUGUGCUUUCUACAACGUUCCUAGAUAGGACGAUUAUAAGAAGGGAGUGGGUUGGAAUUGUGAACGUAUUACUCGGUCUCACAAUAGUGGGAGUAACAGACGCCAUAUACAAAUCGGAGGCUGCAAAAGGACCAAAUAGCGUUAUCACUGGAGACCUAUUGAUCAUCGUCGCCCAAGUCGUCUCUGCUUGCCAAAUGGUGUACGAAGAGAAAUAUGUAUCGGGGUUGAACAUCCCCCCACUACAGGCAGUUGGAUGGGAGGGGGUGUUUGGGUUUUCAGUGCUCUCGGUGUUACUAGUUAUAUUCUAUUGGGUGCCCGCGCCGCCACACUUUGAUAAUAACGCGAGAGGAACCAUUGAAGAUGUAGUCGAUGGGCUUGUUCAAAUUGGCAACAAUUCAUUAUUGUUAUUGGCAAUUCUGGGGACGAUUUUGUCCAUCGCGUUCUUUAAUUUUGCGGGGAUAAGUGUCACUAAGGAGAUGUCAGCUACCACCAGAAUGGUUUUGGAUUCAGUCAGAACCUUCGUCAUCUGGAUGGUAUCGUUGGCAGUCCUCUGGCAAAAGUUCCAUUGGCAGCAUGUGAUCGGUUUCAUCGUUCUCAUACUUGGUAUGUGCGAAUAUAACGGUAUUUUGCCAAGAUUCUGGCGAAGGCGAGAAGAUGAGGCCGUCGUAGUUAUCAUUGAAGAAGAGAGACUUGAAGAGGCA